AUGCUGCUCGUACUCCUGCUGGCAGCCUUUUCUUCCUCCAUCUCCGGCUCCCUCUCCUCCUCCCUCUCCUCCCCCUCCGCGUCGGACGGACCCCAGAUGGCGGACCCGUCCGUCUCGGACUUGAUGGCCGAGACCUGCAGCGCCUGCUCCUGCAUGUCCGUGGAGAACGUGCUGUACGUCAACUGCGAGAAGGUCACCGUCUACCGACCCACGCAGCUCAUCCCGCCGGCCUCGUCCCUGUACCACCUGAACUUCCAGAACAACUUCUUGAUCAUACUCUACCCAAACUCGUUCCUCAACUUCACCCACGCUGUGUCACUGCAGCUGGGGAACAAUAAACUGCAGAACAUCGAGGGCGGAGCGUUUAUAGGGAUGAGCGCGUUGAAACAGCUGCACCUGAACAACAACGAGUUGAAGGUGUUGCGGGCGGACACUUUCCAAGGGAUAGAAAACUUGGAAUACCUUCAGGCUGACUACAACUUGAUAAAAUACAUUGAAAAGGGAGCGUUUAACAAACUGCACAGGCUAAAAGUGCUCAUCCUGAACGAUAAUCUCAUACAGGCCCUUCCUGACAACAUAUUUCGCUUUGCCUCACUCACACACCUGGAUAUAAGGGGGAACAGGAUCCAGAAGCUCCCUUAUUUGGGGGUUCUGGAGCACAUUGGGCGUAUUGUAGAGCUGCAGCUGGAUGACAAUCCCUGGAACUGUACCUGUGAUUUAGCGCCUCUCAAAGCAUGGCUUGAAAACAUGCCCUAUAACAUUUUUAUUGGCGAGGCCAUAUGUGAAACACCAAGUGACUUGUACGGGCGACUCCUGAAAGAAACCAACAAACAGGAGCUUUGUCCCAUGGGAACAGGAAGUGACUUUGAUGUUAGGAUGCCUCCGCCCGAUAAUGGGCAGUCACCCUCCAAUAUGUCCCCAACCACUAUGGCUCCCCUAGCCACAAAAGCGCCAAAAACCACUGACUCAUCCAAGAUUUACGGCAAUGGCAUUGUGGCCGGUUUACCCCCUUUCGGAAGAAAUAGCCAGAUUGUUUCCUUUCCUCCGUUGUGUCCACAGCCCUGCAGCUGCAAAGCUCACCCUUCUGACUUUGGCAUCAGCGUCAGUUGUCAGGAGAGGAAUAUUAAAAGUUUAGGUGAUCUCCUUCCCAAACCCCCAAAUGCCAAGAAGCUUCACUUGAGUGGAAAUUACAUCCGUGAUAUAAGCCCGAUUGAUUUCCAAGGGUUUGAGGGCUUAGAUCUGCUACACCUUGGCAGCAAUCAAAUUGUCACAGUCCAGAAAGGUGUGUUUUCUAACCUCACUAAUCUGAGGAGACUGUAUUUGAAUGGAAACCAGCUUGAGCAGUUACACCCAGAGAUGUUUUUGGGCCUCACAAACUUACAGUACCUAUAUCUGGAAUACAAUGCCAUAAAAGAAAUCUUAGCGGGUACAUUUGACUCCAUGCCGAACCUCCAGCUCCUGUAUCUCAACAACAACGUUCUGCGGAGUCUCCCUGCCUACGUGUUUGCUGGUGUCUCUUUAGCCAGACUCAAUCUGAAAAACAACCACUUCAUGACCCUACCAGUGAGUGGGGUCUUGGACCAGCUGCGAUCACUGACCCAGAUAGACCUGGAAGGGAACCCCUGGGAGUGUUCCUGCGAUCUUGUCGCCCUCAAACUCUGGCUAGAAAAGCUAAGUGAUGGAGUGGCUGCCAAAGAGGUGAAAUGUGCCUCCCCAAUGCAGUUUUCCAACAUUGAGCUGCGCCUCUUGAAAAAUGAGAUCCUGUGCCCUAAGCUUGUGGCGAGGCCGCCGUUCAUUCUCACCGGCGCCACCCCUGUUUUGACCUCAGUGUCGCCCGCCGGAGUUGGCAAAGCACCACCGGGAGGGCCCGUGCCUCUCUCCAUCAUGAUCCUCAGCAUCCUCGUGGUGCUUAUCCUCACUGUGUUCGUGGCCUUCUGCCUUCUAGUCUUCGUCCUGAGACGGAAUAAAAAACCAGCGGGCAGGCAGGAGGGGCUCGGGAAUCAGGAGUGCGGCUCCAUGUCGUUGCAGCUCCGCAGGCACAGUCACAAAUCUGGCAAAAAGGGCUCCAUCCCGGGAGACGACUUGGGAGGCGAGACGUUCAUCCCGCAGACCAUCGAGCACAUCGGCAAGAGCCACACCUGUGGGAUCGGACGCUCCUCUGACAUGGACGCCGGGUUCAAGUUCGCCGACUCGCAGAGGCAGAAGAUCAUCCUCCGGAACAGCGCCGACAAGGACAAGGACUCGCUCUCCACCCUGGAGCGCAACAAACGCCUCAGCACCAUCGAUGAGCUGGAGGAGUUCCUCCCACACCGCGAGUCCAGCAUGUUCAUCCAGAACUUCCUGGACAGCAAGAGAGAUUUCAACAGUAUAGGGAUGGGCGGGUAUGAGAUCCGCUACCCGGAGAAAACGCUGGAUAGAAAGAUGAAGAAGUCGUCGCUGAUAGGCGGGAACCACAGUAAGAUCGUGGUGGAGCAGAGGAAAAGUGAGUAUUACGAGCUGAAGGCCAAGCUCCAAGGAACGCCUGAUUACCUGCAGGUGCUCGAGGAGCAGACUGCGCUGAGUAAAAUGUAG